UUGGCAGCACUCGCUUCGUGAUGGCGAGUAAGUAGUGUCGUCGGAUCGCGUUGCCGUCAGGAGUUCUUGCAAAGAACUCGUUUUUAAUAACUUGUAUUAAGUAUUGCAUGAAAUAACAACGUGCUACGAUGGGCGACAAGAGACAGCAGAAUCUAUCGAAAGAGGAGAUAGCUAAGCAGUUUAUGCUGCCGGAGCGAAAGAGCAAAAUCGCCACUUUGCUUAAACAGGAUGGACAGGCGUAUUGCAUUUGCAGGAGUUCCGACAGUUCGCGGUUCAUGAUAGGAUGCGACGCGUGCGAGGAAUGGUACCACGGCGACUGCAUCAACAUUACUGAGAAGGAUGCCAAGCACAUAAAACAAUUCUUCUGUAUUCGCUGCAGAGAAGAGGAUCCGACUUUGAUAACGCGUUACAAGCCACGGAGAACGGAUCAGGAGGAUCGGAAAUAUAAGAAACACAAGGAGAAGGACAGAGCUCAUAGAUACGAAUACGAUGCGCCUUGGAACACCGCCGAGACGAAGAGGUCUUCGAAACGUUGCGGGGAAUGUACCGGUUGCUUAAGGACCGAGAACUGUGGCAAAUGCGAUGCAUGCAGGCACUUGAAGAAGUUCGGGCCUUCCGUCCGAUUGAAGCUGAGGUGCAUACAGAGGACUUGCAGAGUGCUGGGCGACCCGUUGAAACCUUCGAAGAGUUUCAACAAGAGCUCGAAGUUCAUCAAGAAACGAAAGAGGGAUUCCAGUAACGAGAGGAACGAGUAUCUGGAGGCGCCGAGGCACUGUUACGGGCCUGCUUGCACGAAGCAGUCGCGACCAGGCAGCAAAUACUGCUCCGACGAGUGCGGACUGAAACUGGCGACGAACAGAAUCUACCAGGUGUUGCCUCAACGCAUACAAGAGUGGUCCUUGACGCCGUGCAUCGCGGAGCAGAACAACAGGAGGCAGUUGGAGAUGGUGAGGAAACAGCAGCAGGACGUGCGGCGGAUACUCCACGAGCUGGACAAGAGACACGUGGAACUGGACCGGAUAGUCGAACGCGCGAGGCACGCGACGAUCGAUCCGCAAGCGGAGGUGGACGACAACGACGACACGGAGAUGAGCAUGUACUGCAUCACUUGCGGCCACGAGAUUCACUCGAGGACCGCGAUCAAGCACAUGGAGAAAUGCUUCAACAAGUACGAGUCUCAAGCGUCGUUCGGCUCGAUCUUCAAAACCCGCAUCGAAGGUCAAGUGAUGUUCUGUGACUUUUACAAUCCCGUGAAUCGAACUUACUGUAAGCGACUGCGGGUCCUCUGCCCGGAGCACUGCAAAGACCCGAAGAUCAGCGAGACGGAGGUGUGCGGUUGCCCGUUGGUCACCAACGUGUUCGACACGACCGGCGAGUUCUGUCGCGCGCCGAAGAAGAGCUGCGUGAAGCAUUACGUGUGGGAGAAACUGCGACGAGCGGAGAUAGACAUGGAGAGAGUGAGGCAGUGGUUGAAGAUAGACGAGCUGGUCGAACAGGAGAGACAGAUCAGAGCGAACAUGGCUACUCGCGCUGGCGUGCUCGCGCUGAUGCUUCACUCCACGUACAACCACGAGCUGAUGGAGCAGAUGACCCAGGAACAGAGCAGGGAACAGUUGGAAGCUAUGGAGGAAGAGCUGCAGCGAAGGUACGGGCUGUUACAAAAAGAGGAACAGUAAUCGUACGUUAGUUCGCCCGACGCCGCAUCUCCGCGACGUGUUCAAUGAUCGUGACGUCGUUUUAUUGUACAGUGUAAUUAGAGAAACGAAUCUGUAUCGUGAUUUUAUAACGGCAAAAUAAAACAAAGUUCCUAAAGUAAUCGUGUCGCGGUAGACAGCGAUCGAAGGAGAAGAAAGAAACGAAGCGAGCUGCGAGAAAAAAAACAGAAUAGCAAAGAUCGUCUCCGGCUCUCGACAGUUUGUAUAAUUGUGUAUUUCUCUUUAUUUAUAACGUUCAAUUAAACUUUUGUAAAUUCAAAUUCAUAAUAUAAUUUUUCAUUAUCUA